GUCGCCGGCCAUAUUGAGUUUCGUUGUGCUUCUCGAUCCAGCUAGAUGCGCAGUAAUCUGCAAGCUCUAGUAGAAAUAAGGUUUUAGAUUCUAUAAUAGUGAGAAUAAUUAAAGUGAUUUACAUUGUGAGAUAAAAAUUAAUCAACAUGAGUUACGGUAGACCUCCACCGCGAAUAGACGGCAUGGUGUCUUUGAAGGUGGACAAUCUAACGUACCGCACGACGCCUGAAGAUUUACGUCGUGUUUUCGAAAGAUGUGGCGAUGUUGGUGAUAUUUAUAUACCCAGAGAUCGUUAUACACGUGAAAGUAGGGGAUUUGCAUUCGUCAGGUUCUACGAUCGCCGUGAUGCUGAAGAAGCCCUAGAUUCGUUGGAUGGGCGCAUGCUGGACGGCAGGGAAUUAAGAGUGCAAAUGGCUCGCUAUGGUCGUCCUUCUUCGCCAUACAGAAGCAGAUAUGAUCGCCGACGGAGGUCCCGUUCGCGUUCGAGGAGGCGCUCGUACACACGCAGUCGCUCCCGUUCACGUUCCCGCUCGCGCUCAGACUCCAAGAGCUCUCGGGGCCGUUCUCGCAGCCGUAGCCGCUCCCGAUCCCGCUCCAGGCAUUGAAUGGUUGGGUUGAGAGUACCUAUUGUAAGCUGAAGGGCUGUACGACAAGAGCCAGCAGCCUUUGGCCAAGGUACUAAAAUUUACCAUCUCACUAGCCAUCCAAGACCUAACUAUGAUAAACAUAGUGGCAAAUAUUUGAUGUAACAAAUUAUUUUUAUGUUUCUUAGGUUAUUGUAAUGUAAGAUAUUCAUCAUAAUGAUUUUCCUUUUUUAUUUGCAUACAAUAAUAUUGUUUAGAUUAACGGUUGUCAAUGUACUUCAGUUGGAACAAAAUUAUGAUUCAUUUAUGAACUUUUAUUUCUAAAUGUAAUGUUAUACUCACCUUCAUAUUAACUAUUUGAGUUGUUUUAAAUUGUAAAAUAGUAUUGUACACUGUACUAUCUUUUGUAUGAUUAACCAGGAAUUGGGUUUAAAACCAUGACGGUUGUUAGAUGUAAUUUCAGGUGUGUUAACAUACUAAUUUCCAGCAGAUCAUGUUCACCAAGAGACAAUUGGGCUAAAUUGGGAAAUAUUAUGUGACAGCCUCAAUGAUGUGGUAAAUAACUUCAAAUGGAUCAUCUGACUGAAGUUAUCAAUUUUUCAUUUUAUAAUAAAAUUACAUAGAAUCUAAGUUUCUUUUAACAGUUACAUCUAGUAGUCUUUUAAGUUUAAAUUUUAGGCGUCCGUGCCUUGCUCAUGUGGACAGUGAUCUGGAUACCUAAACCCUUCAUCCUGAUCCCAACAUAAAAAUAUAAAUUGGUUGACUGUUCACAAGAGCUUUCUGCUCUUAUAUGUUGAUGUAAUAACUACUAAACUCCUGUUGAGGCAAUCAAAAUUAAUUUUGAUGUUGGUAUGCUCAGGGCGUGUGGAGUACGCGGGGAGCGAGGCGAAAAUGCGGGGAGGGGGGGUUUGCCGUUUGCUGACAACUGCUGUUUUGCUGUUGUUGCCGUACAUAAAGCCGGUGCUGCUCGCUGGCCUGUUUGCUGUGGCAGUUUCCUGUGCUGAUUCCUGUGAUUUGCAGAUUUCACGCGUCUAGGUUUAUUAAUGUCGACCAGAAACAGAAACGCCCACACCCUCCCUGGCCCUCCCCCUUUACACUGAACGAGUUCACGAAUAUCUAACUAGUAUUUUGAUAUGUUCUUAUUUUUUGUGUUAGCCUAGAUUAGACGUCACUGUAUUAUUACAGAGUAAGGGUAUUUUAUUCACCCUAUAAACUAACAUCAAGAAAGAAGAAACAUCGCAUCGGGCACUGGAUUCUGUGUAGUUUGAUUUAUGUAUUAAUAAAUAAGU